GGGGGGAUCUGUUGUGACUGGACAUGAAUUCGGCGGAACAGACGGUGACAUGGUUGAUCACGCUCGGGGUGCUGGAGUCGCCGAAGAAGACCAUCUCGGAUCCCGAAGCGUUCCUGCAGAGCUCCCUGAAGGAUGGGGUGGUGCUGUGCCGGCUGCUGGAGCGGCUCAGCCCCGGGUCCACGGAGAAAAUUUACCAGGAACCGAAGAACGACGGCGAGUGUCUGAGCAACAUAAAGGAGUUUCUGAAGGGCUGCUUGUCGUUCCGCGUCGAGCCGUUUGAGGCCAGUGACCUGCUGCUGGGACUGAACUUCUCCAAGGUGCUGAGCAGUCUGGUCGCUCUGAAUAAAGUGACUGCAGAUAUCGGAGUGGGCAGCGAUUCGGUGUGUGCCCGACACUCUUCUGCCCACCGCAUCAAGUCCUUCGAGUCGCUGUCUUCCCAGUCUUCACUGGGCCGAUCCUCCAAGCUGCUGCAGAACCAGUUUCGCAGUCUGGACAUGUCGGAGAACAGUGGACAGCAGGUGCUGGUGAAAGCACGCUUCGACUUCCAGCAGACCAACGAGGAUGAGCUCUCCUUCGCCAAGGGGGACAUCAUCGGUGUGACUCGCCAGGAGGAUGGCGGUUGGUGGGAGGGGCUGCUCAACGGGACGAGUGGCUGGUUUCCUAGCAACUAUGUCCGCGAGGUCAAGGGCUCUGACAAACAAGUGUCUCCCAAGUCGGGGACCCUGAAGAGUCCCCCUAAAGGCUUUGACACUUCUGCAAUCAGCAAGACCUACUACAACCUGGUGUUGCAAAACAUUUUGGAAACAGAGACAGAAUAUUCAAAGGAACUUCAGAGCCUCCUGACAAACUACCUGCGACCUCUUCAGAGCAUUGACAAGCUGAGCAGCUCGGAUGUGGCUCUAAUUCUGGGAAACCUGGAGGAGAUCAGCACCUUCCAGCAGAUGCUCGUCCAAUCGCUGGAGGAGUGCACCAAGCUUCCAGAGAGUCAGCAAAGAGUGGGGGGCUUCUUUCUCAACCUCAUGCCACAGAUGAAAGCUUUGUAUAUCGGUUACUGCUCCAACCAUCCCUGUGCAGUCAAUGUGCUCACCCAGUACAGUGACGUAUUGGGGGAGUUCAUGGAGGGGAGGGGGGCCGUCAUCCCUGGGAUCCUCACCCUGACCACGGGCCUCAGUAAACCCUUCAUGAGAAUCGACAAGUACCCCAACUUACUCAAAGAGCUGGAGAGGCACAUGGAGGAGACUUACCCCGACAGGCCAGACAUCCAGAAGUGCAUGGCGUCUUUCAAAAAUCUGUCUGCUCAGUGUCAGGAGGUGCGGAAGCGUAAGGAGCUGGAGCUGCAGAUUCUCACCGAGUCAAUCCGCCUGUGGGAGGGGGAUGACAUCAAGACGCUGGGCUCUGUGCUUUACAUGAGCCAGGUCUUAGUCCAGAGUCCUGGCGCCGAGGAGAAGAGUGAGCGUUACCUCAUGCUCUUCCAUCACGUCCUCCUCAUGUUGUCUGCCAGCCCCAGGAUGAGCGGCUUCAUAUUCCAGGGAAAAUUGCCCCUGACCAGUAUGACAGUGAACAAACUAGAAGACUGUGAAGCCCAUAAAAAUGCUUUUGAGCUCAAUGGAGCUUUGUUUGACCGUCUCCACGUGGCGUGCACCAACCAGCAGGACCUGCAGGACUGGGUGGAGCAUCUGAGCCGACAGAUCAAACGCACCUCAGCCACAGCGCCCAGCCACAAACCUCUCACCGUGCCCUGCCACACGCUCCCAUCUCACCCCCUCACCCCAUCCCGGCAUGCUGAGGGCAGGGCCAUGACAGUGGCCCCCACCUACCACACCCUGCCUCACCCCUCCUCCCAUGGAUCAUCUCACAGCACUAUGAUGUGGGGUCCACUGGAGCCGCCCAACACCCCGAAACCCUGGAGCCUGAGCUGCUUGAGGCCUGCACCCCCUCUAAGGCCCUCUGCCGCUCUCUGCUACAAGGAGGAUCUUAGUAAAAGCCCUAAGAGUGUGAAGAAACUUCUUCCCAAGCGCAAGCCAGAGAGGAAACAGUCUGAGGAGGAAUUUGCCUCGAGGAAGAGUACAGCUGCUCUGGAGGAAGACGCCCAGAUCCUGAAAGUUAUUGAGGCUUACUGCACCAGCGCCAAAACCAGGCAGACUCUGAACUCCACCUGGCAGGGCACUGACCUGAUGCACAACCACGUGCUUGCCGAUGUGAACCGCUCCUGCGCGGACUCAACGGGCCGCCGCAGCAGCGUGUCACGGCCCGAAUUGACCUCUGACCUGUCGGAGGACUCUGACUAUGACUCCAUCUGGACCAACCACAGUUACAGGAUGGGUUCAGUGCCGCGACCGCAACGAGAAACAGGACUUCAUGUGAUCAUCCCUGGUGAGGAUAAGGUCCUAGAUGUAAGUCGCAAUGGACAAAGUGCAGCUGAAGACAAGAGCCUGGUGGAUGUGGUGUACGCUCUGAGGGAUGAGGUUCAGGAACUAAAACAGGACACUAAGAAGAUGAAGAGGUCACUGGAGGAGGAGCAGAGGGCAAGGAAGGAUCUAGAGAAGGUUGUGAGGAGGGUUUUAAAGAGCAUGAACGACCCAACUUGGGAUGAGACCAACCUGUGAGGCCGUCGCACACAAUCUCCAUCUGAAACUUUGAAAAGAGAAAAAGAAAUGCGUAUAUGUGGACUUGCUUCUGUUGUGCGCACACGUUAAGGCUGGUUGUGUGAGUGAGAGCAAGAGUGCAUCUGUAAACAGGUAAUUGUGUACUUGUUUGACAUGGAUGCAUGUGUGUGUACUUUAAGCAGGAUGUCAAUACAGCCCCUUUCAAGACCAGAACCACUCAACAGCAUCGACCAUCUAUUCCACAAUAACAUUCCUUGAACAGCAAGCAAGAGGGCGAGGACAUCACACCCUUCAACAUUCAUCAUCCCCGGUCUAUGGCCUUGAUCAGUGUGGCCAAAGAGAAACCAGGGCGAGAUUCUCUCCGUCUGUUUACAAUCAUACAUCAGGAUGCUGUCCACUGGUACAUAAAUGGUACAUUAAUGGUUGUCAUGGUUACAAAGCCCUUUGGACAACUCUGAACUUGAACCAUGCCAUUUCCGCAUAACCGCUCUUAUGUUAUUUAAUUUUUUUAUGAAUUUACUUUUGUUGGGUCUCUUUCCAUGACAUAAGCUUAACGAAAGUCUGUGCCAGGAUACAUGUUUCUUGUCUUUUCAUCUUUAUUGUUUGACCAUUUUGCGGUUUUACUUAAUUUCUGGGCAUCCUAAGGGAAGUGUACAGAUAUUAACCCGGUACUGUAUAUUGUAAAUACUGCUAAAAGAUGAGCCUCUGUCCUUUGGGAGAAAUAAAUGUGUUUUUAGAAGAUGA